AUGGUUAUUCCUGACUUCGGUCGUCGAGCCGACUCGAGCUUGGUGGGAUAUCUCGGUGCCUUCUUCCUGGGGGCGGACCCAUACGUCUACUUCUACCUCAGCAAUGGAAACGAUCCCUUAUCUUUCAAGGCCUUGAACCAAGGUCAGCCUGUGCUGAAGCCGACGAAGGGAACGGGUGGUGUGCGCGAUCCGGCGAUUGUCCAAGGUGGAGGUUCUGAGGCAGGAAAGAAAUGGUACAUCGUGGGUACUGACCUUGAUAUUGGAAAGACAAACUGGGAUGCAUCGCAGCGAACCGGCUCUAGGGGUAUCUUUGUGUGGGAGAGCACAGACUUGGUCAACUGGGUCAACGAACGACUAGUCACAGUUGAGGAUGCUACAGCCGGGAUGGUCUGGGCUCCUGAAGCAAUCUGGGAUGCUUCUAAGGGCCAGUAUCUUGUGCAUUGGGCGUCUAAGUUCUACUCGGCUUCCGACACGAGUCAUACAGGCACACCUUCGAAUAUCCGCAUUCGAUAUUCCUACACUAGCGACUUUAAGACAUUCACUGCACCUCAAAUUUACAUCGACAAUUCGCCUACUGACAUCAUUGAUCUUGACAUCCUCCCUCUCGACAGCUCGGGGACCAGCUACCUCCGAUUUAUGAAAGACGAAACCGCAAAGACAGUUUUCAUGGAGUCUUCUACGAAUGGGCUGUUCGGUAGUUGGGUACGAGCGGGUGGGAACUCAGGGAUUAUUACUUCCCAAGUGGAGGGACCUGCCGCGUACAGAGAUAAUCAGGUUGAGAACAAAGUCCACGUCUUGCUAGACUUUUAUGGCGGUGAUGGGUAUCGACCAUACGAGAGUACUGAACCCAAGUCAAACCAGUGGACUGCAAGCAGUCGGUCGGCUUUUCCGACGAAUUUGAGGCACGGCAGUGUGUUACCGAUCAACCAGACUUUGUAUAACGCCUUGAGUACGAAGUGGGGAUCGUGA